ACGGUACAUUAUAGAGAGAAGCGGACUGACCCGUUACCGUACCUAGUUACCGCCCACGCGGAUGCCAGGAGACUUUGACGAAAAUACGAGCGUACCCGAUGGGUAUAUGCGGAGUCCUUCCUCAGUACCGCUUGCAGAUAGGGAAAUCGCUAUUAUGGGGCCCAAAUUAUCUCUGAUUCCGAUGCGAAUGCCUGACGAAUCUCUUCUAAUUGCCUCUCAUAUUCGGUGGGAUUCUUAGUCAGGUGAUAUAUUGUGCCAGCAAAUUCCGUGGCAAUUAUUUAUCCACCUACAAUUCGAUAGGGUCCAUAUCAGCGGUGCUGCAUUCUCAGACUUGAAUAU